GCCCGCGCUCCCGGCCUUGCGCCGGCCCCGCGCCACCCCGCCCUCGCUCCGGGCCCGGAGCCUGGGCACCAGCGCGCUGCUGCUGGCCGAGAGAAAAUAAAGAUCUUUAUGCCUGUUCUGUGGUAGCUUGAGUUUCCCUCACUUUCUACACAUGUCUUCAUGGGGAUUUCAAAGAAAGCCCGCAAAUAUACAGACAAGCAUGAGUGGAUAUCUGUUGAAAAUGGUAUUGGAACAGUAGGAAUCAGCAAUUUUGCACAGGAAGCAUUAGGAGAUGUUGUUUAUUGUAGCCUUCCAGAAGUUGGAACAAAAUUGAAUAAACAGGAUGAGUUUGGCGCUCUGGAAAGUGUGAAAGCUGCUAGUGAGCUAUAUUCUCCUCUCACAGGAGAAGUAACCGAAAUUAACACUGCCCUUGCAGAUAAUCCAGGACUUGUCAAUAAAUCUUGUUACAAGGAUGGCUGGCUUAUCAAAAUGACUGUGGACAGCCCUUCUGAACUUGAUGAACUGAUGAGUGAGGAUGCAUAUGAGAAAUACAUAAAAUCCAUUGAAGACUGACCUGGACCACUAUAAUAAACCAGCAUAAAACUUACUCCAGUGUAGUUUUGUUGCAAAUUAGUAGUGUACAGAAGGUCUCACAUUGGGUGGCUUGAAAAACUGUAUAUUGCAGAGAACUUGGAUAAUGUUUCAAGGGAAAAACACGACUUCUGAAUCCUGUACUAAAGAGCAAACUUUCAACUGACUGCAGAUAAAAAAAAAUAAUAAUAUUCUCACCUUUUUGCACACCUGUUUUUUAGCUUAAUUUGUAUAUCAUUUCAACAUUUGGAACCAUAUCCUCUGGAGUAAAAUACAUGUCUAGUUUAUAAAAAUAGACACUUACCAAGUAGCAUUGUGAUAUGCAACAGCCUUAAUUUAGUAGCAUUGUCACAGUAUUCCGCACUACAGUUUUCUAUCCAAAUACACGUAUGGCUAACUGGGUGUUCUGAUACAAAAGCUGCAUUGCUGCCUUCAGAACUCACGAAGGUUUUGGGUAUGCACAAGUGAACGUAUAGGUCUUUAGUGGAAACUACUCUGCUCUACCUGUAGCUGUUCUUUUGUUUUGCUUUUUACAGAGAGGCUACAGCUCUGCGGCAGACAAGAAGUGAAUAAAAACUAAUUUUACCAAU